UGCGCUGGUUUUCGCGCGUCAGUUCAGUUUACAAGCGCAUAGCUAUCUCGCGCACUCUUUUACCACGCGCUCGAUUGUCACGUGUUUUUUUCAGUAAGGAUUAUUGAACCAUUUGUAGACGUUAAUUUGAGACAGUAAUCACGAUGGGGACCCAUGCGCUUUUUCUUUGUGCAUGGUUCACUGUGGCCCUAGCGACCUUAGAGGUCGUGAACCAAUGGAGUUUGCUACAGUUCGAUUUUCCUCCAGACCCCGUCUUAUUGGAAAAGUUUCAACCUGAAAACACUGUUCCUACAGGUUUAGAGAUAGGUUGGGAGAAAAUUUACUUGGGUAUUCCGCGCUUGAGGGCAGGAGUUCCAGCUACAAUGGCUUGGGUACCACGCAGUCUGCCUCCUGGCGUGAGUCCCGUACUACAGGCGUAUCCGGAUUGGUCAUGGCACAGUGCGGGCCGAGGUGACAUCAAUUGUACCGGACUGGUGUCUGUGUACCGCAUACGAGCCGAUCGAUGCAACCGCCUCUGGGUACUAGAUGCUGGUGUGAUCACCAGCAUUGAUGACUUCCGAAGAGUCUGUCCGCCCAAGAUUCUCAUCUUCGAUAUGGCUACAGACCGUUUGGUACGAAGUGUCUACUUUCCCCGGGAGCUGUUGCGUCCAGCUUCACUGUUUACCAACAUUGUAUUAGAUGACACAAGGACACCUUCUUCCCUCCAUUCAAAUUGUGACAACAUAUUUGCUUACAUCAGCGAUACUGUCGCUCCAGCUAUUAUUGUGUACGAUGGGCAUCGUGACAACGCAUGGCGUGUGACCCACGCUUCUAUGUACCCCGAUCCAGACCUGGGAGAAUACGACAUCGCUGGCGAGCGAUUCACUCUUAUGGAUGGUAUCGUGGGGCUCGGGCACUCGCCCACACAAGGACUGCUCUAUUAUCAACCACUGGCCACAGACAGAUUGUUUAGCGUUUCUACAGCGGUGCUAGCCGCUGGACCUCCAGCAGAAGGUACAGAGUUGCCAGUCAACCUAGUGGGUCGCAAGUCAUCGCAAGGUCUCGGUCUUGCAGUUGACCCGAGAGAUGACACGAUCAUUUUCAGUCCCAUCACUGAAACCGCUAUUGCCGCAUGGAAUCCACUCACCAAUUCUCAUAAAUUGUUGGCAAUGGAUCCUGAGAAGCUGCAAUUUUGUGCGGAAGUCCGGUGGGCGGAAAGGGACCAUGGUUCCGUGUGGGCGCUAUCCACUCGCUUCCACAAGUACUUCCGAAGAUCUGUGAACAAGAACGAGAUUAAUGUGCGCGUAGUGCGUAUACCAGAAAACGGAUUCCCAUCAUUACAGCCACAUAUAUUACGCCGAUCGGCGAGACUGGCCAACUCUACUCUACACUGAACAACUAGCCAAAGUCUCAUGCUUUACAAUUAUUUCUCAUUCUUAAUACAAACUGCCUUUUAUUUCUAAAAAUACAAAUUAAUUUAAGUGAAUACUUAUUUACACAAUUUUUAUGUAUAUAAUUAUUUCAUUAUCAUCAUACCUGUUGAAUUGAGAUAUUUUUAUACUCACCGCAUCACAAUAAUUUAAAAUCCGCAAUUUACUUAUGUAUUUAUGUUUAGUGCUAACUUGCUAAACGAAUAUUUUAUGUUUUUAUUAUACGGCGAAAAUGAAUAGAUCGCUUCAUAUAAAAAUUAUUUGUUUCCAAAAAAUUGAUUAGUUAAAAUCGAAUUGAUUUGAGAUACAACUGACAACAAAAUAAAAAAACUAAUAUGCCAUAGGGCAACACUACUUUAAGUAUCUUCUAUUAAUUUUAGAAAUAUUAUUUGAUUUUGUUACCAAUGUUACUAAAAUUUUAAGUACUUAUUUCUUAUAUACAUAUUUUAAUAAUCAUUAAGUAUUCCUAUAAUUGUACAAUAUACUUAUAAAAUAUAUUGUUAGGUAUUUAGAACAUAUUCACCGAUUACCUUUUAAACUUUUGAGUGUAUUGUGAGAAUCUUUUUAGUAUAAAUGAUUGUAUUAUUUUGAGUUACCAUUAAUAUUUUAUUAUAUAAUAUUUAUACAACAGGCGAAUAUAAAAUAUAUUUCAAGUCGAAUUAUUAGAAUUGAUCGCAUAGAUGGCGACUAAAUUGUGCCAUAUGGCUAUUUAGCUCACUAUUGAUUUAUGUCCAGUGCAUCAGUGAUUAUAAAAUAAGAUUAACCAUCCCAGUUUACAUAAAAACAAGGUAAAUCAGAUUAAAUUAUUUUAAGAUUUUCGUAUCUACGUCGUAGAAUAAGACUUAAAUUUAUUAUAUUUGCCAAUAGAACUUGACGAAAUAUUUUUGUUUCAUUUUGUAUAUAUGCUUUUAAUAAUUAAAAAAGAAAAUACUUGAAUAUUUCAAAUGUCAAAACAAGUAUUUGAACAUGAAGGGCCGUAGAUUAUAGAUAUACAUAGAUAUACAAAUACAUAGAUGAAAUGACUAUUGCCUUUGCAAUUAUGUAAAGAAAUACAUACAUGAAAUAAAUAAAUAUAGAUACAUAUUAACUACUAUUAGUUAAUAUAAUCAUAUUAUUUUUUAUGCGUCAUAGUAAUGUAAUAUAUUCUAUAUGUUUCUAUUAUUUUAUACUAAAUAUUGUAUUGACCAGAUUGUGGGGCCUUAUACAUGUUGAUAAUGGUAUUAUAUUUAUUAUUAUAUCUUUUAUCUUAUACAUAUAAUUGGAUAUAAUAAUAAUCCCCACCACAAUAAGUAACUAGAUUAAUUGUAUAUGAUUGUAUACAAUAACAAUAUUAAUGUUAUUUUGAUGUAUAACGAAAGUCGUUCUAAAAAACUAAUAACGAUAAAAUGAUGACAGACAAUGGAAUUGAUUUAUUGCUUUUUAUUAUUUCAUCUAUACCUAUUAUCUACCUAGAUAAAUAGGAGCAAUACAUAUUUGAAAACUGGAAAACUGAAAUCAAAAGGAAUAUUAUGUGUAAAUAAGAACUGUGUUAGCCGUAACUUUUUAAAUAUGGUACGUAACUACAGUAGGGUACAUACAGUAUCCAGUAUUAUUCAAAAGCAUAUACAAGUUUACGAAAAACUAGUAAGUAAGGAAUUGUAAAGUUUAAAAUUAUAUAAAUUACGGUUUUACUUUGUAAAUAGUUGAAGGCCCGCCUGAUGCAGAAUGGCAACUAUUUAUUGCCAAAAUUAGCUCCAUAAACAAUAGAGUGUACAUUAUGGCACUCUUGAUGUCACUAAUCUUAAUUUAUAGGCAUAUUUGUACUAUAAAUGGUAUGAUAUUUAUAAAAGUCACAAUGGGUUUAGAUACUGUUGCAAUGUAAAGUUGUACAACUGGUGUUGGUCAUGGAAUGCAAAAUUUCACUCGAA